AUGCCGUCGGGAUGCGUGUACGAAAUGUAUAGCGAUAAUGCGAAAUGUGACAAAACGUACAUCGGAUCGACGACAGGUUCGAUCAGAGCGCGCCUUGCCUCGCAUAAAUACGCACGGCAUCCAAUCUUCACGUUUGGCGACGCGGACGUGAGAGUUCUCGAAAAGGACAUUCCAGCUGGAGAGCUCCAUCAACGUAAAAGUGCCUACAUGAGAGAGAAGCGUGACGGCUUAUUCAACUCCCGAGCUACUGGACGCAGCCAGAAGCAGGCGUGCCACGAGAACGUGGACGAGAGUCCGGCCUACAGCAGAGCUCAAUAUACGCCGAAGCGGGACGGCGGCGAUGGUAACUACAGACAACUCAAUUAUUACAAGCAGCACGCGAAAAGAUACUGCGUAAGACGUGCCUCAAGAAUGCUCGAGCGCGCGGCACGCUGCCUUCGAAGCGCAGUCUCGACAAGUAUCAAUUUACGGUCGAUGAGUUGCGUGGCUUGGUUUGACCACUUCACUCACACGAUUGGUUCCCGGAGAAAUCUUACAUGUGGUACAUCAACGUCGAUGUGCGGUUUUAUCAUGUUGGGGGGGCCCCAACUCAAACAAAAAAAAAGUUUAUUUUUAUUACUCUUACUACUCUUUUUUCAAAAAAAAAAAAUUAAGUUUAAAGUAGCAUUGCGGCCGCGCCUGGGCCUGAAGCCGAUGGUCAUUUCGGUUUCAAACCAUGGUCGCCGAGUCGUGAAAUCAGGCACGCCGAGCUCGACGUCCUGUGUAUCGGCGGUCACGUCUCUAGUGCACUCGAAACACCUGACAUGGUGA